AUGGCGGUCCUCUCACUUCCAACCCCAGCACCCUCCCUCGUUCUUCUUGGCCUUGUGGUCCUCUUCUCCGUGUACCGAAUCUUCUUCGAACUUACUACUGGAGCAAGACGUCGCCAGAUGAUCCGAGACAAUGGCUGCCAGCCGCCGUAUCAAUAUCCUCACGAGGGCCUUGGUGGCAAACUAUACGGCUUGGAUAUCAUCAGGGCCAUGGUCAAAUCUAGCAAAGAGGGGAGAAUGAACGAGGUCUCCCGAUUGAGAAACUAUGGCAAGGGACACAAAACCCUACAUUUCAGGCUGGCCCUUAUUACCACCAUCGAACCAGAGAACAUCAAGACGAUUCUGUCCACCAAGUUCGCAGACUUCUCUCUGGGAAGCAGUAGAAGAGAAAUCAUGACACCAGUCUUUGGUCACGGUAUCUUCAACCAAGAUGGCAAAGGCUGGGAACGUUCUCGCGCUCUGGUCCGUCCCAAUUUCACUCGCCAACAGGUCGCCGAUUUGGACAUGUUUGAGGAGCAUGUAGGUCACUUGAUCGAUUCAAUCCCACGUGACGGCUCUGCUGUGGACCUCCAGGAUCUUUUCUUUGCCUUGACCAUCGACUCUGCCACCGAAUUCUUGUUCGGCAAAUCUACCAACACCCUGGCUCCUGGACUCGACACCAAAUCUGGGAGUGAAUUCGUCAAAUCCUUUGUGUACAUGACUGACUCCGUCGGGAAAGCCUUCCGUUCAGGAGGUCUAGAUAAAUGGAUUCCGAAUCCCUCAUGGCACAAAAACCUCAAGACAGUCAACGACUUUGCGGACGAAAUCAUUCAGCAGGCUAUUGAAGACGUCAAUUCGGGCAAGGUCUCGGAAAAACAACGCUACGUCUUCUUGUAUUCCUUGCUCGAGCAGACUCGCGACCCCUACACUGUCCGAUCGGAAUUACUCAACAUUCUGCUGGCUGGGCGUGAUACUACUGCAGGACUUCUCACCAACACAUGGCAUGUGCUGUCCAAACGACCGGACAUCUGGGCGAAAUUGAAAGCCGAGGUGGACGAGCUGGGCGGCGAGCGUCCUGACUACAGUUCAAUCAAGGAAAUGAAAUACCUGAAGUAUGUGCUCCACGAAAGUCUGCGUCUCAUGCCUGUGGUGCCAGGCAACAGUCGAGAAGCCGUUCGAGAUACAGUACUUCCAGUGGGAGGUGGGCCAGACGGGAAAUCCCCGGUAUUCGUUCCUAAGGGAUGGGUUGUCGGGUAUUCUCCUUGGUCGAUGCAUCGAAGAGAAGACUACUACGGAGCAGAUGCACUUGAGUUUCGGCCAGAACGGUGGGAAACUCUGCGGCCUGGUUGGGAGUAUUUGCCGUUCAACGGGGGACCGAGAAUUUGCGUGGGACAGCAAUACGCCUUGAUGGAAGCCAGCUAUGCGACGGUUCGGCUGAUUCAGGCAUUCCCCAGGAUUGAGAGCCGUGAUGAACGGGAAUGGCGGGAAUGGCUUUCCAUUACCCUGGCGAGCGGUGUUGGCUGCCGGGUGGCAUUGUAUGAAAAGUGA